GCUGAAUCCAUUUAGUUGCAAACUGCAGAAUAGGCUUCUUUUUCUAGAAAUAAUAGAUGAAUAAUAUUUCUUAAAUUUUGUUUCCAAGCAACUGUAUUUUUUUAAUUUUUGAUUCCAAAAUAAACAAGGUCACGUGAUCAUUUUCAAAUCCUACCCACAGCUGAUUCUGAUUGGCCAAUUCUCAUAUGCUCCUCCUUUAUUUUAAAUUUGAAAAGGAUAGCAGCGCGGUCUCUCUUGCUGGUAGCUCUCUCUCUCUCUUGCUUCUUUCUUCUCUUCUUUGCUUCUUGUUCAGCUUUGUAGCCUUUCAGCUUUUUGCUUAUUAAUAAGUUUUAAGAUUUUGUUAGUACAAUCGAGAUUACGUAGUGAUGGCCCUACAGUACAGGCAUCAAACUAAAGUGAGCCAAGAAAACAUGGCAGGGAAACUAGCCCGUCCUCAUUUUCGAGUGCCAGAACUCAAAGCCAGACCAGCCCUGGGCUCUAUACAGAACAAUAUGAUUGAGUCGAACCCACCUCACGUUGCUAUGAAGCAGAAACCGUCUCUUUUAAAGCCGGUCGCUCCACCAAGUCACCUGGCCCCUUUCAUGGCCGAUCCUCCAGUGGUUCAUGAUGAAGAUGAUAUCACCGAGGAACACGUUAUACCAGAAUCACCUUCUCCAGAAUCCAUGGACGUUGUCCAGAUCUCAGAAGCAUUCUCUGAGCAGUUACAGAUUAAUGAUAUCGAUUCCCAAGAACCAGAUAAUCCUCAAUUGUGCUCCGAAUAUGCUAAAGACAUAUACAUGUACAUGAGAGACAUUGAAUGCCAGUAUCACGUUCCUCCAACCUAUAUGGCUGACCAGAAGCACAUUGAUGGCAGAAUGAGAGCCAUACUGAUCGACUGGCUGAUUCAAGUUCAUCACAGAUUCACUUUAUUGCAGGAGACACUCUACCUCACAGUCUCCAUCAUUGAUAGAUAUCUUAAGGUGAUUUUUUAAUUUUGAUCUCAAAUA